AUGGCAGCGCUGGCGGCUAGAGUGUGCAGGCAGCGGGCGGCCGCUGAAGGCCUCGGCUCCCACUGGAAAGCCGUCAAGUACUUGGGCCAGGACUUCGAGGCCCUGAGGCAGCAGUGCUUGAACUCAGGGGUCCUAUUUAAGGACCCAGAGUUCCCAGCAUGUCCGUCAGCUUUGGGCUACAAGGAUCUUGGCCCAGGCUCCCCACAAACACAAGGCAUCGUCUGGAAGCGGCCCACGGAAUUGUGUCCCAGCCCGCAGUUUAUCAUUGGUGGAGCCACACGAACAGAUAUUUGUCAGGGUGAUCUCGGUGACUGCUGGCUUCUGGCAGCCAUUGCCUCCCUGACCUUGAAUGAGGAGCUGCUUUACCGGGUGGUCCCCAAGGACCAGAACUUCCAGAAGAACUACGCGGGAAUCUUUCAUUUUCAGUUCUGGCAGUACGGAGAGUGGGUGGAGGUGGUCGUGGACGACAGGCUGCCCACCAGGAACGGACAGCUGCUCUUCCUGCAUUCCAAAGAAGGCAGCGAGCUCAAUGGUUCUUAUGAGGCUCUUGCUGGAGGGUCCACAGUGGAGGGGUUUGAGGAUUUCACGGGUGGCAUCUCUGAGUUUUACGACCUGAAGAAGCCUCCAGCCAACCUGUAUCAGAUCAUCCGGAAGGCCCUCCGUGCUCACUCUCUGCUGGGCUGCUCCAUCGAUGUCUCCUGUGCAGCCGAAGCAGAGGCCAUCACCAGCCAGAAGCUGGUUAAGAGUCACGCAUACUCUGUCACUGGAGCCGAAGAGGUGGAUUUCCAUGGCCGUCCAGAGAAGCUGAUCAGACUCAGGAAUCCGUGGGGUGAAGUGGAGUGGUCGGGAGCCUGGAGCGAUGAUGCGCCAGAGUGGAAUUCCAUAGAUCCCAGGCGGAAGGAGGAGCUGGACAAGAAAGCCGAGGACGGAGAGUUCUGGAUGUCAUUUUCGGAUUUCUUGAGGCAGUUCUCUCGCCUGGAGAUCUGCAACUUGUCCCCAGACUCUCUGAGCAGCGAGGAGGUGCACAAGUGGAACCUGGUCCUGUUCAACGGCCGCUGGACGCGGGGCUCCACCGCUGGGGGCUGCCAGAACUAUGCGGCCACUUAUUGGACCAAUCCCCAGUUCAAAAUCCAUUUGGAUGAGGUGGACGAGGACCAGGAGGAGGGCAUUGGUGAACCCUGCUGUACGGUGCUGCUGGGUCUGAUGCAGAAAAACCGCAGGCGGCAGAAGAGGAUAGGACAGGGCAUGCUUAGCAUCGGUUAUGCUGUCUACCAGGUUCCCAAGGAGAUCUGUGACCUAAGGAAGGUCCGAGCAACUUUCCGAGAUAGACAACGGGAAGUUGGGGAUGUGGUAGCUGGAAACCCACAUGAGCCACAUCCCAGUGAGGUGGACCAAGAAGACAGCCAGUUCAAGAGCCUAUUUGAGAAGCUUGCAGGCAAGGAUUCUGAGAUCAGUGCCAAUGAACUCAAGACGAUUCUGAAUGGCGCGUUUUCUAAACGAACAGAUAUAAAAUUCGACGGAUUCGACAUCAACACUUGCAGGGAAAUGGUCAGCCUGUUGGAUAGCAAUGGGACGGGCACCUUGGGACCGGUGGAAUUCAAGACGCUCUGGCUCAAGAUUCAGAAGUAUCUGGAGAUCUAUCAGGAAACGGGUUAUAACCACUUGGGAACCAUAGAUGCCCAUGAGAUGAGGACAGCCCUCAAGAAGGCAGGUUUCAGCCUCAGCAACCAGGUGCAGCAGACCAUCGCCACACGGUUUGCGUGCAGCAAACUCAAGGUUGACUUCGACAGCUUCGUUGCUUGUAUGAUCCGCCUGGAGACCCUCUUCAAACUAUUCAGGCUUCUGGACAAGGACCAGGAGGGCACCGUCCAGCUCUCUCUGGCUGAGUGGCUCUGCUGCGUGCUGGUCUGA